AUGGAGGAGCAGGAGGAGAAGCCGCCAGGGCCCCUGAUGGAGGCCUGUACGCAGGACUCUCUCCUUCCUCAAGAAAUUAUCAUCAAGGUCGAGAGAGAAGAUUCUGGGCCAAUGGCUGUCCCAUCCCAGGAAGGAGUAAACUUCAAAAUUGUGACUGUGGACUUCACUCAGGAAGAGGGCAUUUUGAACCCUGCUCAGAGGACCCUGGACAGAGAUUCGAUCCUUGAGAACCACAGGGACUUGGUCUCUUGGGACUUGGCAACUGCAUUUGGAAGAAGAGAAUCAACAUCAAAGCCGAGAAUUAUUGAUGAUGAACCAUCCCAUGGAGUGAAAUUAGAAAGGCUGACAAGAGAUGAUCCUUGGUUAUCUUCAUGUGAAGAAGUUUGGAUUUGUAAGGACCAGUUGGAGAAGCAACAGGAAAAACAAGAAAGACUUUUUAAGAAAGUGGCAUUCUUUCAAAAGAAUGCUAUUACUUGUGAGAGAGUCUGCAAAAGUGAUGAACUUGAGGAAAAGAGUUAUUUGAAUUCCAGUUUUCUUUCACCCCAGAAGAUACCUGUAAGAAACCAUUUCCAUAAACAUGUCUCUCAUGUUAAAAACUUACAUCAUUCUCUUGUGGACAGUCAUCAGAUGAUUAGUGACAAUGAGAAAUUAUGUGAAAAUAAUGAAUAUGGAAAAACCCAGAGCAUUCACCUUAUUCAAUUUACAAGAACUGAGACAGAAGAUAAAUCCUGUGGGUUUAGCAACAAUAUUCAAUCUUUUAGCCAUAGUACACCUGUAAAUAUACAUGAGAAAAUACAUACAAGAGGAAAAUCCUUUGAUGUUAAGGAAUGUGGGCAAGUUUUAAACUAUAGCAUAUCCCAUAAUGAACAACAGAAAAUUCCUAUUGAAUAUAAUUGUAGUAAAAUCUCUGAGAAUUCAUUUCUUGCUCCAAACAUGAAAAAUUCUGAAGAGAAACCCUUUGAAUGUAACCAAUGCAGGAAAUCUUUCAACUGGAGCUCUCAUCUUGCUGCACAUCAGAGAACGCAUACAGGGGAGAAACCUUAUGAAUGUAAUGAAUGUGGGAAAUCCUUUAGUCGGAGCUCUCAUCUUGUUUCCCAUCAGAGGACUCAUACUGGAGAGAAACCUUAUAGAUGUAAUCAGUGUGGGAAAUCCUUUAGCCAGAGCUACGUCCUUGUUGUGCAUCAGAGAACUCAUACUGGAGAAAAGCCUUAUGAAUGCAGUCAGUGUGGAAAGUCAUUCAGGCAGAGCUACAAGCUUAUUGCACAUCAAAGAACUCAUACGGGAGAGAAGCCCUAUGAAUGUAAUCAAUGUGGGAAAUCAUUUAUCCAGAGCUAUAAACUUAUUGCACAUCAAAGAAUUCACACUGGAGAAAAACCCUAUGAAUGCAACCAAUGUGGAAAGUCUUUUAGUCAGAGUUAUAAACUUGUUGCCCAUCAGAGAACACACACAGGAGAAAAACCCUUUGAAUGUAAUCAAUGUGGGAAAUCUUUUAGCUGGAGUUCCCAGCUUGUGGCACAUCAAAGGACUCAUACUGGAGAGAAACCCUAUGAAUGUAACGAGUGUGGAAAAUCUUUCAACCGCAGUUCACACCUUGUUAUGCAUCAGAGAACUCAUACAGGAGAAAAACCCUAUGAAUGUAGUCAGUGUGGCAAGUCAUUCAGCCAGAGUUAUGUUCUUGUUGUACAUCAGAGAACUCAUACUGGGGAAAAGCCCUAUGAAUGCAGUCAGUGUGGGAAAUCCUUUAGGCAGAGUUCAUGCCUUACUCAACAUCAGAGAACUCAUACUGGGGAGAAACCCUACGAAUGUAAUCAAUGUGGGAAAACAUUCAGCUUGAGUGCUCGACUUAUUGUACAUCAAAGAACACAUACUGGAGAGAAACCCUUUACAUGUAAUCAAUGUGGGAAAGCUUUCAUUAAUAGCUCUAAACUUAUUAGGCAUCAGGCAACUCAUACUGAAGAGAAACCCUAUGAAUGUAACUAG